AGAUAUGAAGCUACAGUUAAAACCUGUGCUACUAGGUAUUGCAGUAGUAGCCGUAACAUGCAUGACCAUCAUCGCUCUAAUCCUCACCAUUGUCAAUCGUCAAACAGCAGAACUGCCGUACUCAACACAGUAUGGGAUGGUGUUCGAUGCAGGUUCCUCACACACAGCCCUUUUUAUGUAUCAAUGGCCAGGCAACAAAGAAAACAACACAGGAAUCGUCUCUCAGACUCUGACCUGUGAUGUAAAAGGUGGGGGUAUAUCCAGUUAUGUUUCAAAUCCCCCUGACGCUGGACAAAGCUUGAAAGAAUGCUUAGAUAUCGCAACGGCGACAAUCCCUGCAAGUCAGCAAAAGACAACUCCUAUGUACCUGGGAGCCACGGCAGGCAUGAGGCUUCUCAGUUUACAAAAUGUAACUCUGUCAGACCAAAUAAUGGAUGAAGUGACCAAAACUAUGAAGAGUUAUCCCUUUGAUUUUCGUGGGGCCAGAAUAAUCACGGGUAUGGAGGAGGGGGCAUAUGGGUGGAUCACCAUCAAUUAUCUUUUGGAGGGCUUUGUUAAGUAUGCAUUCGAUGGUAAAUGGAUUCACCCUAAGGCUGGGAAUAUUUUAGGAGCUCUGGACUUAGGCGGUGCAUCCACACAGAUUUCCUUCAUACCGAAAGAUAAAGUUAAAGACCCACAGUCUGCUUUUGACCUCCAGCUCUAUAACUACAAGUAUCAGUUAUAUACACACAGUUACCUGUGCUACGGGAAAGAUCAGGCUGUGAAGAAACUCCAGGCUUAUCUUCAGAAGACUACACCCUCAUCUGUUAUCGACCAUCCAUGCUACCACAGAGGCUACAACCUGACAUUAAAGCUGGGGGAUAUUUAUGACUCUCCCUGUGUGGUCAAGCCGACUCCGUAUGACCCACUGGUUAAGGUCACUUUCUCAGGGACUGGUGACUCUGCACACUGUAUAUCACUCAUUGAGAAGAUUGUAAAUGUGACAAACUGUUCGCUCUACCCAGACUGCGGCUUUAAUGGAGUUUACCAGCCUCCUGUCAAUGGAGAGUUUUUUGCUUUCUCUGCAUAUUUCUAUACAUUUGAUUUCCUUGGUCUUGCACCAAAGGCCCAGUUGUCUGUUGUCAAUUCAACCAUUGAGUCUUACUGCAACAAAACUUGGGAUACACUUUUGAAAGAAUAUCCACAAGUGAAGGAGAAGUAUCUCAGAGAUUAUUGUGUUUCAGCUCAAUAUAUUAUGGUUAUUCUUCUCCAAGGAUAUAAAUUUGAGUCGAACUGGGAUAAAAUCACCUUUCAAAAACAGGUGGCAGACACUGAUAUAGGCUGGACUCUGGGCUAUAUGCUGAACCUGACCAAUAUGAUACCUCCUGACCGCCCUCUAGUGGUGACAGGGGUCCAGACCAGUCAGUGGGCAGCAGAGGUGUUCUUCAUUGCCUUUGUCCUUUUACUCAGCCUGUUUAUUCUUACAAUUUUCUGUGUAUGGGGUUUCUCCUCAUAG